AUGAAGAUGAAGAUGGUGGUGGUGAAGGCGGCGAAGGGGGAGGAGGAGAAGAGCGAGAGGCGGAGCUUCCUGAGCUUGGAAGAAGCCGGCCUGGUCGACAUCUCCGGCCUCAGCCCCCACGAGAAGUUCCUCUGCCGGCUCACUGUAAGUCAAAGCUCCUCCGAGAACUUUUGCGCCGCCGCCCCUCCUCCAUCGCCGGAAUAACCUGAAGAAGAUCGUCUCCUCCUCCUCCUCCUCCUCCUCCUCCUCCUCGUGUGGCGGCAGAUAUCGUCUCUGAACCUCCUGAAGGUGAUCUCGGAGCAGGAGGGGGUCCCCAUUGAGGAGCUCAACGCCGGCCGCCUCUGCGACUGGUUCUUGAAGGACAAGCUCAAGGGCGAGCAGGACCCAGACUCGGCAGUCCUCCAAUGGGGCGACUCGGGCUUCGGAAUCUGA